AUGGUGUUGACCAAGUUUGCAGCUAAUCGCCCAUCCAAGAUGGAGGAACUGUUGCAGGAUAAUCAACUGUUUUGCCCACUGCCCAAACAUGGACCACUUGAGGUUUACCGUAGCGAUUCCACCAUCGACUGGCGCAAGAUGCGCCUUUCUUUUACCGAUCAACGUGCUUUUGAACUGCAACGUCGUCUCUAUCGACUGUUUCGAACCGGAGAACCUUUUAUACGAGGCCGGACUGCACGUAAUCUUACCACCGACGAACGACGACGAUUAGCAAUGGUACAGCUGCAACACCUUCAGCGCGAACGUCUCUUCGACUAUGAAACCUUUACCGAACGUCCGGAUCUUGCGUCCAUGUACUACGCGACCAUUGCUGAAUAUGAUAUGUCACUGUUGGUGCGUCUUACCGUCAACUAUCUGCUGUUCACAGGCGUUAUACGGAUGUUUGACGAACCCAAUGGUCGGUUGGCUCAUGUGAUCGAACAGACGGAGGCUGGCCAGAUUACGGGUUCGUUCGCGUUAACAGAAGUUGGACACGGGACAAACGCUCGCGCAAUUCGAACACGUGCCACGUACGACCCGGAUAAUCGUGAGUUCAUCCUGCACACACCAGACUUUGAAGCAGCAAAAUGUUGGGCAGGAAAUUUAGCCAAAAGCUGCACGCACAUGAUUGUAUGGGCGCAACUCUACACAGCCGAUGGUCAGUGUCACGGGGUUAGUGGAUUUUUGGUGCCGAUCCGUGAUCGAUACACGCUGCAACCCUAUCCAGGAUUAUUGGUGGGCGAUUUGGGUGAAAAAGCCGGCCUAAAUGGAGUGGACAAUGGGUUUGUGACCUUCCGCCAGUAUCGUAUUCCGCGGGAAAAUCUACUAGCACGAUUCGGCGACAUUAAUGAGAGGACAGGAAAGUUUGAAUCGGCAGUUAAAAGUGCUACUGAACGGUUCGCCCUAUCGAUGGGACCACUGGUGCUGGGUCGGGUUAACAUAUGUAUUGUUUCACAGACGCUGCUCGCCAAAGCGCUCACCAUUGGCAUUCGUUACUCGGCUGUUAGGCGUCAGUUUGGACCUGGAAUUGACGAUCAAGAAUUGCCAAUACUGGAGUACCAAUCACAACAGCACCGACUACUACCUCAUCUAGCUACUUGUGUGGCACUAAAGAUGUUUAAUCUAUGGUUUUCACGUGUGUCUGGUGAGGCGCAGGUCCGUAUGCUACGUGCCGAGCCGAUCGAAAGUGAACUGCUGCUCGAGAUACAUAUUGUGGCAGCCGCCGUUAAACCUAUCUGCAGCUGGGCAGCCCGAGACGGUAUACAAGAUUGCCGGGAAUCAUGCGGCGGACAUGGUUACCUUCAAAUGGCGGGAUUAGCAGAGUUAAGGGUAGACAACGACGCGAACGUCACAUACGAGGGUGAAAACAACGUACUACUGCAGCAGGUCUCUCAGCAAUUGAUGGGUAUUCGAACAAAAGGCGAUUACGCUGCAUUUGCGCUCAUGUCUCCUCUAGGAUCGAUGACGUUUUUGGCCGAGUACGAGCAGAUUAUGCAACGACGGGUAGAAUGUACCACGGUGGAACAAGUUAAGGAUAUCAAAGUUAUCCUCCAAACGCUCAACUGGCUCACGGCUUACACACUGGAACAAACCUAUCGACGCGCUAAUGGGCUACUUCAACAGGGAGUGCAUAAAUUCGAUGUACGCAAUAAUACGCAAAUAUUCUACGCUAAGGAUCUUGCCAUUGUGUACGGGGAGCGUACAAUAUUUAGUGCAUUUUGUACCUUUCUCAACACGAUGGAACUUGCUCCAGAGCGUGUGUAUCUAAAAAGCCUAGCCGAACUCUACGGUACCACACUGCUUCUAAAACAUAUGGCAACCCUUCAAAGCGUAGGAUACUUCGAUGUCGGAGCUUUUCGGCUCGUGCAGGAAGCGAUCUUGCAGCUGCUGCCGAUAGUAAAGCGAGACGCAGUGGCAAUGAUAGACUCACUAGCACCGCCAGACUUUAUACUUCAUUCCCCACUAGGUGCAGCGGACGGCAAUGUUUACGAUCGUAUGGAAGCGGAAAUAAUGGCCGGACAGGAUGUUACCGGGCGUGCAACGUGGUGGUAUGAGAUAAUACCGACUAAAGAGUCUUCAAAGUUGUGA